AUGGGAGUCAUUGGAAAUCUUACUACUGGUGUCCCAUUUUUACCAGGAGGCUUUGAUCUUCCAGAGGAGAAGAUUGAGGAAAAAUCUGACUUUGAUGACAUGAUUGAUUGGAAUAAUUUGAGGAAGAAUCCACCAGGAAUGCUCGGCAUGGAUUUCGACAAAAGGACUGGCGAUGAAAUGUCACUCGACGAUAUUAUGAACCAAGAAGCGCAAGAAGAUACCUUCAAUUGGAUUCCAAAAUAUAGACCUGAUGAUGGAAGCCUCUCUGAAGUUCCUCCAGUGCCAGAACAAGCUUCAGGAGAAGAGGACUCUGCCGAACAAGCUACCGAAGUUAUUGAUGCGCUGAAUAUAUCAGAAGUUAAUCCUCCAUCUGAUAAAUCACAAGAGUCGAUCCCAGACGCGCCAGUGGUCCAGGAAAAGCAACAAGUUUACAUGGUAAACGCUGAUAAAACUAUCGACGUUGAUUCUAAGCCCUGGUCAGAGCUCCUCCCCGAUCCCGCGUACAAGUGGCCUUUCGAACUCGAUUACUUUCAAAAACGCGCUGUUCUCUGUUUGGAAAAACAUGAAUCUGUCUUCGUUGCCGCGCAUACUUCUGCCGGUAAAACUGUUGUCGCUGAAUAUGCAAUCGCCCUGUCCGCGAAACACAUGACAAGAGUCAUUUACACCUCUCCUAUCAAGGCUCUCUCUAACCAAAAAUUCCGCGACUUCCGAACUACUUUUCAAGAUGUUGGCUUGCUCACUGGUGAUUGUCAGAUAAAACCCGAGGCAGGCUGCCUCAUUAUGACGACUGAAAUUCUACGGUCGAUGCUGUACGCGGGCUCAGAUGUAAUCCGAGAUCUGGAGUGGGUAAUUUUCGACGAGGUGCACUACAUCAAUGACGCGGAACGAGGAGUCGUUUGGGAAGAAGUACUCAUCAUGCUUCCAGCGCAUGUCGGAUUGAUUCUCCUUUCGGCAACAGUACCAAACAUUGAGCAGUUUGCUAGUUGGGUGGGACGCAUCAAAAACAGGAAAAUAUUCGUCACGAGUACUUUGAAACGCCCCGUUCCAUUGGAGCAUUAUUUAUUUACUGGCAAUUCCACAAAGACGGCUGAUCAGCUCUUCAAAAUCGUCGAUCAAACAAAACGUUUCUUGCCGACUGGUUAUAAAAUGGCCAAAGAAGCGAAAGAAAUUAAUGCCAAAAAAUCAAAGAAACCACCUUCGGAUCAGGCGAUUUGGAGUUCUGCUAUUGAAUGCCUCAAGAAAAGGGAUGGACUUCCCGCUGUGGCGUUCACAUUGAGUAGGAAACGAUGUGACAAUAAUGCCGCUAUGCUUACAGGGGUUAACUUGACAACUCCAGGCGAGAAAAACGAAAUAGCGCUAUUCUACCGCCGCUGUACUUCAAAACUAAAACCUAUCGACCGGAAGCUUCCCCAAGUCGUCCACCUUGAGAGUCUUUUGGAACGAGGAAUCGCCGUUCAUCAUUCAGGUGUCCUUCCGAUUCUAAAAGAAACGAUCGAGUUAUUAUUUGCACGUGGCCUCGUAAAGCUGCUUUUCGCUACGGAAACAUUUGCCAUGGGCGUGAAUAUGCCUGCCCGAAGUGUUCUCUUUGACUCGAUCAGGAAACAUGAUGGAAAGGGGAUGCGCGACCUUAUUCCCUCUGAAUACAUUCAAAUGGCGGGAAGAGCAGGUAGAAGAGGGUUGGAUACAUGCGGAACGGUCAUUCUAGUUCAAAGACAACAAAAGUGUGCCGACCAGCAAGAGCUAAUAAACAUGAUGCUCGGAAAAGCCGCUCCGCUGAUAUCCAAAUUCCGCCUUACCUAUGGAAUGCUUUUGAGCAUUUUGCGCGUUGGAUCCUUACGCGUAGAAGAUAUCAUGCUCAGAAGCUUUAUCGAGUUCGGUCGGAGGGGGCAGCCGACUCAGAUCAAGGAAUUAGAAGCAAUCAAAGCCAAACGAGAUAAUUUUAAAGACUUGGAAGCGAAAAUUGAUGGAACUGAAUUCGAGGACUACGUUUCUACAGCAAAAGAAAUGGUCAAAGCUCGUUGCGCCGUAAUGACAGAGGUCUUCAAUCAAGGAAACAUAAAAGCUAUGUCUGCAGGACGGCUCAUUCUAGUUCAAGAGAGAAGAAUAGCUGUUGUACUUGCAAAAUCUUCAACGACUGUGACCUGUCUUCUGAAUAAAAAGAUUCCGAAGAGCUCCAUUUAUAGAAUUUGUAAUUUGGUUGAAUUCAAAUUUGAAAAAGAUGACGAUUUUGAAGCAGAUGUAGUUACAAUUCCUCUUUCAGACGUUUCUUUAAUCUUCAAAGAAACGAUUAAUAUCCGCCACGAAGACAUUCUAUUCGACUUCAAAAAGCUUCAAAUUGGAAGCGCUGCAAAUCAAGCAUCGAUUUUACUGAACAAAACUGCUUCGGAAAAGCCACUUGAGCCGAUGAACUUCAUCAGGGAUUUUGGCUUGAACUCUGUCGAUCAAGUGGAAAAGGUUUCCAUGCUAGAAUCGCUUGGCGAGAGGCUGAUUCAAAACUCGUCGCCUAAACUGCCGUAUUUUGCUGCGGAGCUAGAAAAUGUGGUCGAAUUGAUGGAAAUCAGGCGGAAAUAUAAAGAGCCAGCGGAACUCUGUGCCGUUCUCAGCUCGCUCGUUUUCCAAUCCCAAGUGGAUAACGAAACGGAGCUUAUUGAAAGGCUACCAAAGCCGGCACAAGAGGCGAUCGAAAAGAUGAAGAGCACUUGGGAGGAUGUUCAAGCGAAGGAGACUCAGUUUGGAAUACUCUCAACAGAUCACGAUUCUGCUGCCCCAUUGCGAUUUGGCUUGUGUAUGGUCGUCUUCAACUGGGCGAGUGGCGAGUCCUUCAGGGAUAUCAUGCGAAUGACGGAUAUUCAAGAGGGAGUCAUUGUCAGAUGCAUACAGAGACUGGAAGAGCUCUGUCGCGAAGUGAGAAACGGAGCGAGAACAGUCGGCGAUUUUUCCACCACUUCGAAAUUGGAACAAUGCUCCGAAGCCGUAAAACGCGAUAUCGUCUUUGCUGCCUCGCUGUACACCACGGGUAACUGA